GGCGGCAGCAGCGGGUGGUUCGGGCGCUGUUCCUCCUGCUGGCCGGCCGCUGCCAGCUUGCUUGCUGCGCGGGCCGGGCUGUCCGGCGGCCUGGUGGCACUAGCGGGGCGGGGAGGAUGAGCACGGCGGGACCGGGCGGCAGCAGCAGAACAAGCAGAGCAAGCAGCAGCAGUCGCAGCGGCAGAGCCGGUCACUGAGCCGGGGAGCAGAGCGGCGGAGGCAGGGCAUGGCGCUGCCGGGGGAGCGCGGAGCGGAGCCCCAGCCCGGCGCCUCCCGCUCCGCCGACGAGGAAGAGGAGAGCGGCGGGGCCGGCGGGCAGCCCGAGGCACUGUCGCUGGAGGAGAUCCUCAGGCUCUACAACCAGCCCAUCAACGAGGAGCAGGCGUGGGCCGUGUGCUACCAGUGCUGCGGUUCGUUGCGGGCCCGCGCCCGCCGCGGCGAGACCCCCGUCACCAGGCUGGGGGCGACCGCCCACCUUCGCGUCUGGCGGGACGGCGCCGUCACCCUGGAGCAGGACGAGCCCCACCAGCCGCCGCCGCCCGCCGCAGAUAAAUCGGGCCGUUUACACUGCACAGAAAUGGAGGUUAUUGAAUCACUAGGGAUUAUUAUAUAUAAAGCCCUGGACUAUGGUUUGAAGGACAAUGAAGAGCGGGAAUUAAGUCCUCCACUGGAGCAGCUUAUUGACCACAUGACUAAUACCACAGAAACAGAUGGGAGUAGGGAUGAAGGAUAUGAUGCUCUGGAUGAAGGAGAGGAGGAUGACAAUGAUGAUGAUCAAGAGGAAGUUGAGACCAUUCGUUCCUAUAGGGAUGUCAUGAAGCUGUGUGCUGCCCACCUGCCGACACGAUCAGAGGCGCCAAACCACUAUCAAGCAGUAUGUCGGGCUCUGUUUGCUGAAACAAUGGAACUGUACACUUUCUUGGCCAAAAUUAAAAGUGCAAAAGAGAAUCUGAAGAAGAUUCAAGAAAUGGACAAAGAGGCAAGUGAUGAAUCCAGCACAGAUCUUGAUGAUUUAAAAAAUGCUGACUGGGCUCGUUUUUGGGUACAAGUGAUGCGAGAUUUACGGAAUGGUGUUAAACUGAAGAAAGUUCAAGAGCGUCAGUACAACCCACUUCCAAUAGAAUAUCAGCUCACACCCUACGAAAUGCUGAUGGAUGAUAUUAGAUCCAAACGUUAUACCUUAAGGAAGGUCAUGGUCAACGGUGACAUUCCACCUCGAUUAAAAAAGAGCGCUCAUGAAAUAAUCCUGGAUUUCAUCCGAUCGCGACCUCCAUUAAAUCCUGCCUCAGCAAGAAAACUGAAACCAACCCCACCGCGGCCACGCAGCCUUCAUGAAAGGAUACUGGAGGAAAUCAAGGCAGAGAGGAAGUUGCGUCCAGUCUCACCUGAUGAGAUAAGGCGUAGCAGGCUGGCAGUGCGGCCACUUAGCAUGUCUUACAGUUUUGACUUGUCAGAUGUAUCUACACCAGAGGCUGGGAGAAAAUUGAUGGAUGCCUCUAUAGUGAACGGUGGCCUAGCACCACAAGAAAAACAAAAUGGGGCCACACAAGCGACAGUGCAACGCAAGAGACUCCUUAAGGCUCCAACGUUGGCUGAACUUGACAGCUCAGAUUCAGAGGAGGAAUCAGUACACAAAUCAGCAAGUAGCAGCAGCAUCUCCCCCUCACAAGUGGAAGACCCCUCUCAAGAAGGUACCAGCAGCAGAAAGAUGCCUCCAAAGUUCUUGCCCAUAUCAUCUACGCCACAGCCUGAGAGACGGCAGCCACCUCAGAGACGGCACUCCAUUGAAAAGGAAACACCAACCAAUGUGAGACAGUUCCUACCACCUUCAAAACAGAGCUCCAGAUCACUUGUUCCUAGGAUAACCAGUUUAUUUCCAAGGAUGGCUUUCAGACCACUUUUUUCAACUAUGCAAACAGCUUCUCUGCUCAGCUCUCAUCCCAUUGAAGCAGCCGUGUGUGGGGUGGCAGGGGCUAUGUACUGUCUCUGUGAGAGAGCUUUUGCCAGCAGGUGGAAACCCACAAAGGAGGAGUUCUGUUACCCAGUGGAAUGUCUGUCUCUGACAGUGGAGGAGGUCAUGCACAUCCGUCAGGUGCUUGUGAAGGCAGAGCUGGAAAAGUACCAGCAAUAUAAAGAUGUCUACACUGCUCUCAAGAAAGGAAAGCUCUGCUUUUGCUGUCGAACAAGAAGGUUUUCUUUCUUUACUUGGUCUUACACUUGUCAAUUCUGCAAGAGGCCUGUAUGCUCGCAGUGUUGCAAAAAAAUGCGGUUGCCAUCCAAGCCAUAUUCUACUCUCCCCAUCUUCUCACUGGGACCUUCAACCUUACAAAGAGGAGAGAGCUUUAUGAGGCCAGAGAAACCCUCUACCAGUCACCACCAUUCGCUGCGGAGCAUGUCCAGGUUGACCUCAAGGUCCAAAUCUGUGGACAGGUCACAUGAAGAGUUUCCCAAAGAGUUAAUGGAGGACUGGAGCACGAUGGAGGUGUGUGUGGACUGCAAGAAGUUUAUUUCAGAAAUCAUCAAUUCAAGCCGGCGCAGCCUAUCCCUGGCCAACAAGCGAGCCAGGUUAAAAGGGAAAACACAAUCCUUCUACGUGGCGUCACCCGGAACCUCCGAAUACUGCCCCUCUGAAAGGACUAUCAAUGAGAUCUGAGCCUCGUGCCUUUUGCUUUGCUAUUGUCUUCAUGAGGUCAUCAUCUGUGAGCAAGGUCACUGAAACCGGAUCAUCAUUCCGUUGCUUUGUUUCACGUGACUGGCUUGAAUUUGCAUUAGAUCACAGGAUUUCCUGCUGCAGUGGUUCCCAGAGACACAGAACGCGUUGUUUAGAUCUCUGUGGGAGGGCACACAAUGGGUCAGCUGCUCGCACUGGAAGAAAAACAAUAGUUUGAAAUCGUUGCCUCUUUUGUAUCUAUGUGUUGAAACUAGAAAGCCUUUUCUUGCUUUCAGUCUUUUUUUAACCAUGCUUUGAAUCAUUUUCCAGGAGAUGAGCUGCAAACGUACCUUUCAUGGAGAACCAAAUGUAACGAAGCGUCAGUGUUAGCACAGUAGCAAACAGUAUGUCAUAUUGGCAUUACCGCCCUAGUAGUGCUCAUGUCCUAGUUGAAACAACAAAGGGUCGUAUCGCACACCAGACACGGAGCGUGAGUGACUGUGGUCAGACCCCUCUUUCUUUGCACUGUUUUGGUUGCUCUGAGAUCAGUGUUCAGCACAGCACUCCACAGCGGCUGUGUCCUGGGGCAAGCUACACGACAAAGCUCUUCACCAGUGUGGUUGCCAUUCCCCUGAGCUGCUGUACUUUUUAAGCCUUAGUGUACUUCUGAGUGUCUCCUGAGCAGGUUUUAGUAGUUUACUUUCUAUCUUGAAUGUAUGAUGCUGACUACCAGUAGCAGUGAAUUUUAGUAGUAGACAGAGUUGUACAGUUUAUGGGGAGGAUGGGAAAUAAGGGAGGCUUCUAGUUGUAACUGACUACCUGUGAAGUUGGUUACUCAGACAAAAUGGUGGGUAAGGUGUACAUUUGUAUUAUAAUGGAGCACACAAAUACUUCUGUAGUUAUGGCUGACAGCAUAUUCACUGAGAGCCCCAUUUUUCCUGGGGUUUAUAAUUUGGCUGUAAAAACUCGUGUUCUCCUGAAAUUUGGGACGGUGCUGUCUCAGAUUGGGAGCAAUCUUUUCUUUAAUCCUUCUUCAUUCCUUUUCCCUUUUUGACUCGCUCACAAGAGUGCUAGGCUGCUUGUUCAGAAGCUCCAGCAAUGUUUCAAUGUUAACUGACAUCUCAUGCUUUUUUGCACUUUUUUUUUUUUAUACUCAGAAUACUUUUGUUUUUAAAUCCAGGCAUAGCCAGAGUUUAGGCAAUAAUUCGGGGCUGGAUCUUUUUGGGAUUUCAGAGCAAGCUGACGUAGCCAAGUUUCAUACUUGAAAAUCAACUACUGUAACUUUUUCAUAAUUUUUUAAUACCCUGAGGCAUAUUUAAUAUCUAUAUAGCAGUGUAUGAUAGAAUGACAUAGCAGAAAAGUUUCAGAUCUAUUUAUUAACAUUUCUAUACUUCGGAUUAAUGAGAGAUACCUCAGAAUUGCUCCAAAGUAGCUGGGACUGGAUUCCCCAUAACAUGGUUUUAAAGCUGUAGUAGUCAAAACAGAUUCUCCUCUCCAAAUCCCCCCCUGGUGAGGAACAGUGUGGGCCUGUGGGGCACCAGGGCUGCUUGAUUCUACCCAGUGUACAAUCCAGGGCUCCAGUCCCACUGCUGGCCACCCCCUGCUGCCCAGGGCACCAAGACUUCUUCUUCAGAGUCUAUUUGCAUGUUACAUUGCAGCCUUUGGAGCAGCCGCUCAUAUCUUCUAAGCUGAUUUGUAAAGCACAUGCAAAAGUCACCUUAAACCUUCCCAGGGACUCGCCUGUCCUUAAUUUUCUUUAAACACCCCCUUGGAACAUGAGAAUUUUUGCCUGUGCAGGGCUUAUUGAAAUAAUGGGUUUGUUUGGUUCUGAACCGUUGCAAGCAGGAAAAGCAGGGCUCAAGGCUGACUCUCCUCCAUAGCUGUCCCAUGUAAGGUGAGGUGUCAGGGCCCCCUCCUCGGGGUACCUCUGGAAAAGCGUCUUGCAUGCUGAAGCACCUGGAGUACUGGCAUGAGUUGAGGAUGUAGGAUUGCAGGAGGUGAGCAGCACAGGCUGAUUUGAAAGCUCUGCAGCUGCUGGAAGGGUCACCUGAUCUCAGUCACAUCAGCACUUUUUCUUGUUUCUGUGCCAAAACCUGGCCAUGUGUUUGCUGCACGGUGCAUCAGGAAAACCAGACUGAAGGAAAUGCAGGAAAUCUCACUUUGCAUCUCCCCUGUUGUUGUUCUGGUCAUUUUACCCCGGAAAUGUCCCAGCCACGUGUUUCUGUUGCUCAGUCCUCUGCUCGUAGUCCUGUUCUGUGGAAUCCUCAAGCCUCUCAGGUGCAGGGUAUCCAGCAUGUUUAUUUUCCCCUUUGAGAGAGAUUUAGGCUAUUGCAGAGCAGGCAGGACUAAGUAAAUCCUGAGUGUGCAGAGUCCCUCACAGCAUCCCUGUGCCACCGUCCACCCUGGCAGUGUGCGGGGCAGCUCUCGGGAAGCAGCGGAGCCUGGGGGAUCCAGGCUCUGUCUGCCUUGGCUCAGCCUGGGCUCUGCUGUGCUGGGCAGGGCGCAAACACUGGACAACAGCACAGUUGUUGUACGAACUGCUCCGUGUUCCCCACACAGAGCUGCUGCAGGGCAGGGCCUGGAUAACCUUCCUUUUUCCCUAGGAACCCUUUGGACUGCUGGCACAUGCCAUGGCAGGCUCCCAAAAACAUGGUACGGAGGGCUGCCUUUCCCCUUCCCUCCCAUCCCUUCCUCCCCAGCACAGUUGCUCCACAUUAUCCUGGCAUUUCAUCCUGCAGAAGAGCAAGCAGCAGGCUGGUUGGUCAGGUGCAGCUGAAGGAGCUGGGCUCUGCUGGCUGCCGGGCUCGCUGCAGAACUGGCUAUUUUUAGCUUUCCAUCUCGAUGCUUGUGCUCGCAUCCCAAAUCCGCUGCAGCCAUUCGCCUGCGCAGCCUGCAGUGCUGCCCGGCACGUCCUAGUUACGCUCUGUGCUUCACAUCAGCGUCAAGAGGAUGAAAUCAGAAGCUUGUAAAUAUGUGUAAAAUAUUUAAUACUUAGGAAGUCUCCAUCAAUCACGCAGUGGGAAUUGACUUUCCCAUGAUGUUUUAAAAAGGAAAUGAGUCUUAUUUAUGUGUAUUGGCUGUUAUCUUUGUUAGAGUUAAAGCAUUCAGCCCCCUAAUACAGUUUGCACUCCAUAGGCAUUUUAGCUGGAAUUACUGCUGACAAGAAUGCAGGACCAGCACAGAAAGCUCCCUGCCAUGAAUUUUAAAAACUUCUAUUUUGUUUUAGCUUUAUCAAUACACCCAGGGUCUGUCUGAAUAUCCCGUAGGAGGCCCAAGGAGUUAAAAAUGCCACUGGCAGCAUCGGUCUUGUUCUGUGUGUGAACCUGGUGGUGGAGAAUUAAGAACCAGCUCUGCUGCUCGCUGGUGAUGGAGGAAGUGAGCAGGGCUGUGCUGGAGCUCUCACACCCAGCUUCCAAACGUUCACGGUGACAGUGGUGCUGGGCAGGUUUCUUGGUUUUAUCCCUUUCCCCAUUACUUCCUUUAUACAGAAGGGGUGUUACCCGGCAAAAAUAAAAAGCCUUUCCAUUAUAGCCCUUGUCUGUGUUAAUUACUGAUGUGGAAGCUGAUUUAAAGGUUCUGCCUCUUUCCUUUUUCAUGCUUUUAUAGUUCUGUAAGAUCAGUUGGAUAGGGCUUUUGGCAAAGAAUUGUUAAUGAGAAUGAUCGAAUAACAGCAGAGCACUGGCUGGGCUGCACGGAGGGAGGGAAACGUCAAAGCACUUAGAAUAGCAAUAAAACCGCUUGUGUAACUCCAGUGAUGCCAUUAGCGCCCACGCAUCGCUCCCAGCCUCCUCCCUCUGUUACCAGUGUAUUGCUGCUUCCAGCACUGAUGGUGUGUAGCUGAGGCUCAUCCUGCAUGCAGCACAGGCUUCAGGAGUUCUCCAUCCCUCAUCUCUGGGAGACAAAUGCUGCAGUCUUUUGGAGAAGUUUUUGAUUGUUCUGAGUUCUUAAACCAGAAGUGGAGAGAACAUUUUUAGCACAACUAUUACGUUGUUCUCUUUCAAGCUCUCCUGUUUCCCCAAGGCAAGUUCAGCAUCAACUUCCCCAGUUAGCUACUGGCUGCAUGCUCUAUAGGUUAAAACUAAUGUAGAAGUUCCACUUUUAGACUCCUGCUGGCUACCUUCACACUUUACCUCACCCAGCAGCUCUGUACAUCUUUUAGAAAUGUCUUUCUUAUGAGCUCAGUCUCGCCGGUGAUACAAUGACAGCACACAGGCAUGGGGGAACGGUGCUGCGACCACACGCUCUGGUGCUACGGCGUAUGGAUUAUGUUAAUGUUACUGUAGAAUCUUACAGUGUUUCCAUGUUGACAACCUGGAGCUGCUCUGGUUUAUUUCUUCUUUUGUAUGUAUGUAUCUUAAGGCCAAUCUGAGAAUGUUUAUCGACUCCAGCUAUAAAGAUCUGUUUGGUUGUUUCUGUCUGAUUUUUACUCCUGUGUUUCAGAUUUUGUGGGGUACCUGCUCUUCACCAGAAGUUCCUGGUAGGAGAGCAUGAGAGAGGGGCGUUAGCUCAGGCUGAUAUCAUAGGGUCAUAGAAUAGUUAGGGUUGGAAAGGACCUUAAGAUGAUCCAGUUCCAACCCCCCUGCCAUGGGCAGGAAUGCCUCACCUUAGACCACAUUGCCCAAGCCUCUGUCCAGCCUGGCCUUGAACAAAAUACAACCCAUUUCGUGACACACACGUGUCAGUUCAUGAGCACUGUCCUCAUGGCAGCUCCAUGGAGCUCAGCACCCCAGCGCACUCCUGCUGGGAGAGCUGGUGCCAGCUCCUGUGUGCAAAGAGUGGGCGUCAAGUGGCACCACGAGCUCCAGCAGCCCAGAGCUGGCACAAGCAGUGAGAUUUUCUGUGCCCCAGGUCCCCAUCUUCGAAAAUGGGUGACAAUGUGGGUACAACCAUUUAAAGCGUUUUGAGAGCCGCUGCUGAAGAGAUAGAUGAAUUUUACUACAGUAGUCUGCACUCAACCCAUGUCACAGGGCAUCACCAGGAGGUGGAGCUGAAUAGUUACAAAAUAGACACAGCAAAUUGUAUGUGGUGAUGGCUUUGUGUAUUUGCACUCGACUGCAAUUCAGUGACUUCAGUUUGUUCUUGGUGAGGUUGUUCUUCAUUGGCAGUGCCAGGCUGAGCUGAGCUGAUGCAGGCAGCCAGGGCUCUGCGGCCUGAAAAGACAACACAAGCUGCUGCAGUCUGCAAAGCAGAACGAGUCUAGAGAAAGCCAUUUGGAACAUACCUUUUUUCAGGCUGAUAGAAUCAAAAACACAUUUUAAAGCAGAUAGAUAGUCUUUUUAGGUGCCAGGCUUGUUCAUAGGUGGAAAAGACCCAGUAAUGCAAGGAGAGGCUGCAUGCCAAACAAUGCAGAAUGGGCUUGUCAGAUUGGAUUUUAGGGGGCUGUUGAAUUGAAGGACAUAGGCAUGAACUAGUGCAAUUUCUGCAGGGGACUGGCUUCCAAGGCUGGGAGGAAACAGGUGCCAACAGAGAGGCUGCAUGCUCAUGGCCCCUCUUACAGGACAGGUAGAGGCCAAGGCCCAACUUUGGUCUAGGCAUUUAAAAUAGGCAUCCAGCUGUGGAGGGUGGUGGUGGUUACACUCCCUGUGAAUCAGAAAGCAAAACAAAGAACAAGGAGGGCAUUUGAACUGUAUUAUUUCUCUUACAGCUGGUUCUCCCUACCCAGGCCCCUCCUUUAGUAAAGGGGAAAAAAGAAAAUCCCAAACAGGAGAUGCACUUUUUGGACACUAAUAGGGACCAAAGCACAAACCCUUCCCCUUUGACUUUCUGCUUCUGUGCUGUCACUGCACCUAUCAGUGCAGCUUCAGGUACACCAGGGGCAUCAGCUCUGAUAAAGAAAGGCAACAGAAUUGUCUUCUGCUUGUUUUCAUGUUAUGUGGUACUGAAAUGAAUUUCUUGUUUAUGCAUUACUAAUAAAAAGUUCUUUAAAAUGA